GGCCCUGUCGCCCACCCCGCGCCUCCCUCGGCCCCCGGGCUUCUCGGGGCCGCAUUGCCCGCUCCCGCGCCCAUGGCCGACAAGAAACUAGUGGUGGUGUUUGGAGCCACAGGACAGUGCUCUAAGCAACUGAGCUACCCCGCCAGGAUUACACUGUAUACUUCUAAUUAUGGUGCCCAGGGGGGCUCAGUGGCCCGGACGCUCCUGGAAGAUGGGACGUUCAGGGUUCGGGCUGUGACCCGGAACCCCAGGCAGAAGGCAGUGAAGGAACUGAGGCUGCAAGGUGCAGAAAUAAUGCAGGGAGACCAGGAUGAUGAGGCCAGCAUGGAACUGGCCCUGACCGGGGCUCACGCCGCCUUCAUUGUAACCAACUACUGGGAGAACUGCAGCCAGGAGCAGGAGGUCAAGCAGGGAAAGCUGCUGGCCAAUUUGGCCAAGAGCCUGGGCCUUCGCUACGUGGUUUACAGCGGCCUGGAGAAUAUCAAGAAGCUGACGGCCGGGAGACUGGCAGCAGGCCACUUUGAUGGCAAAGGGGAAGUGGAGGAAUAUUUCCGGGAUGUCGGCGUUCCCAUGACCAGUGUGAGGCUGCCCUGCUAUUUCGAGAACCUCCUCUCCUUCUUCCUUCCCCAGAAAGCCCCCGAUGGAAAGAGCUACUUGCUGAGCUUGCCCAUGGGUGACAUACCCAUGGAUGGCAUGUCUGUCAGCGACCUGGGCCCUGUGGUACUCAGUCUGCUGAAGAGUCCAGAAGAAUACAUUGGCCAGAACCUUGGGCUUAGUACCUGCAGGCAUACGGCAGAGGAAUACGCUGCCCUGCUCUCCAAGCACACUGGGAAGGCUGUGCAUGAUGCCAAGAUAACCCCUGAGGACUACGAGAAGCUUGGCUUCCCUGGCGCCCAGGACCUGGCCAACAUGUUCCGUUUCUAUGCCUUGAAACCUGACAGAGACAUUGAACUGACCCAGAGGCUCAACCCCAAGGCCAGGACACUGGAUCAGUGGCUGGAGCAGCACAAAGAUGACUUUUCCAGGUUGUGACCCAGCCCACAUCUCAAUGCCACCUAGGGGGAGGGGAGGCACAGUCACAGUGGUCCUUUCUUGUGUUACAAAAAAAUUAUUUUUUAAAUAAAGGCCAUUGUUCUCACA